AUGUAAUUAUUCACAAGUUUAACUUUCAACAAUGAUAGCCAAAACACAUAAACGACAUCAACUAAGGCUCAGAACACGCAAAUAUUCAAAGUUCAUUUAUAUCCCAAGCAAUACAUAAUAGAGACAAAUCAGAAAUCCAUAACACUGGAUAAACAUUUGAUUAUUGAUAGAGACAAUGGGAAUCUGUAUGAGAAAUGUAUUUUGUUUGAUAGAAUAUGUAGCUGGAUCACCACCAUAGAGCGAACACGAAUAAAUGGCUUUUUCUGCUUUCUUAGGAACAAUUUAUAUUCUUGAUGAACCUUUAUUAUUAUUUGUUGAGAAAGCAGAACUAAUUUGUACAAUAGACGAAUAAGAUGUGUUCUAGAUUGUUUCAGUCUAAUUCCUAUCAUACAUGCCUAAUAUUAUGUAAUCGCCUAAGGCUAAUGCCAUUUUGAAAAUAAUUAAAUAACUCAAGAAAAUAUUGGGCAUGGGUUUCUAUUUCUCAUAUGGAUAUGAUUUGACAUUAUCAAAAGUAAAGCAAUAGAUUGAGGAGAAGACUGAUGAGAGGUUCUUAUGGAAUCUGAAUUUGAUUAGAAAUCAUCUUAAAUAAAAAAUUGAUAGAAAAUGGUUGACUAAUAUCAUACAAGGAUUCAUAAAUUAUUUUAACUUGUAUAUCAAUGGUAAAAAACUAGAUUUUUAUUUGAUGAGCAGGAGAUCAAGUCAAAGAGCAGGUACCAGAUAUAACGUCAGAGGUAUAGAUGAUAAUGGCAAUGUUGCUAACUUUGUGGAAACAGAAUAGAUUAUAUAUUAUAAUAAUCAUUGCUGUUCUCAUCUUUAAGUGAGAGGAAGUGUACCUAUAUUUUGGAGUCAAAGAGGAUUGUUGAUAGAGACUGAAAUAAUGAGAUCUGCAGAAUUAAACAAAAGGGCAUUUAAGAAACAUUUCGCAAGUCUUUUUGAAGAUUAUUCAAGGGUUAUUUGUUUGAAUUUGAUGGCUGAAAAGAAAACGGAAGAGCAGAUGGUUUCGAAAGCAUAUGAAGAACAAAUAAAAUUGAAUUCUCAAGAAUUAAAUGAAAAUAUCAAAUAUGAGUGGUUUGAUUUUCAUCAUGAAUGUAAAAACAAUGAUUUUUCAUUGUCUAAUCCAUUGAUAAGGAAAUUGAUGGAUCAUAUCUAAAACUUUGGAUUCUUUUAGCUAGACUUAAAAACUAAAAAGGUGUUGUCUGUUCAACAUGGAGUCUUUAGGACCAAUUGUAUGGAUUGUCUUGAUAGAACCAAUUUCAUCUAGGCCAAAAUAGCCAUGAGUGUUUUUGAUAUAUAAACUAAAAAAUUAGGAUUGGAUUUCUAAAAUCUGCUAAAAAUGUCACCCAUUGAAGCCUUAGAUGAAGAUUCAAGCAAAAUUACAAAUUAUUUUAUAAAUUAUUUCAAGAACAUUUGGGCUGACAAUGGUGACAUGUUGUCAAAUCAAUAUACUGGUACUGGAUCUACUCAUACCAAUAUUACAAGAACUGGAAAGAGAGAUUUCAAGGGCAUUUUAGGUCAUGGCACAGUUUCAAUGGGUAGAGUCAUAAAUUAGAAUUUUGGGGAUAAUGAUAAAUAAGAGACAAUAGAUAUUUUAUUAGGCAAUCAUGCUGAUAUCACUGCAUCAUACACUAAAUAAAUAGAGGAAAAGUUAAUAUCAAGAUAAUAAGAGUUCUGCAAUUUUUCUGAACGCACAAUUCUGGUGACAACUUGGAAUGUGGGAAGAUAAACUAUUCCUUAAUCGUAUGAUCUGAAUAAAGAGAUUAUUAAUUACUAAGCUGACAUCAUUGUAAUUGGAUUACAAGAAAUGGCUUAUUCUGCAACUCAGCUGGUGAGUGGAUCAUCUUAGUAAUUAUAAGAUUGGGAUAAGUUGAUUGCCAAUAAUUUAAGUAGGAGAGAUAAGUAUAUCAAUAUUAAAUCUAAGGCAUUAUUAGGAAUGGGCCUGUUUAUUUAUGCCAAGGAGAAAUUUCAAGACAGAAUCACCAAAGUUAGUGAUGAUACAAUUAAAUUAGGUGUAUGGAGCAAUCCUUUUACAGACAAAGGUGCUGUAGCCAUUAAAAUGUUGAUUGAUGAUACUUUAAUAUGUUUUAUCAAUUGCAAUUUGGAAUAUGGAAAGGGGAAUCUGGAUAAAAGAUUGGAGAAUCUCAAUGAAAUUCAUCAAACUAUAUUUAAUCAAUAAGCGAUAGGGAAGAAGAAAGAAGAGAAAAUUGAAUAAUGUGAUUAUCGAAUCUUAUUUGGAGAUCUGAAUUUCAGAAUCAACCUUGAAAAAGACGAGAUUAUCAAAUCCAUUUAGAAAUACGAAGAGUUUAUAAAAACCAACAAAAUGACAGAAGCCUAGAACAUAUUUUAGUAUAUUGUUAUUUUAAAAUUAGAAUUUUGUAAAAAAAUGAUGAAAUCAAAAGUAAUAGAGAAAAAAAUCAAUAUCUAAAGCCAUAUUAAGAGUCAGAUAUUAAAUUUCUCCCUACUUAUAAAUUUUAACUCUAUUCAGAAAGGUAUGACGAAUCAAGAACCCCAUCUUGGAAUGACAGGAUCUUAGUGGGAUAGAACGAGCAUUGCGAACACAAAUACUAAUAUUACAAAUCUCAUAAUGUCACCUACAGUGAACAUAGGCCAGUUAGUGCUUUAAUUAAUAUUAAAACCAGAUAGGAAAUAGCAGAGAAAAAAGAAAAUAUUAUAUCAUCAAUUAUUUAAAAUGAAUUAUGA